AUGGCAUCAUCCAAAGUUGGUGACGCUGCGGCCACGCAAGUGCAAAUCCGUGAGCUUGGACUGAAGGGCCGCUGGGAGGAGGCAUUGAAUCUCCUCAACUCGCUGUCUUCGUCUGGUUGCAUGGUUGAGGCAGUCACUUACAGUGCCACUAUGUGGACUUGUGUGAAGAAUCAGCAGUGGCAGCAGGCGCUGAAACUCUUCAAGGAUAUGCGGGAACAUUUUCUAGCCCCUGAGACGGUGUCAUGUAAUGCAGCGCUGUGUGCCUACGAACAAGCUGGCCGAUGGGAAGAUGCCCUUGUACUUCUCCAAGACAUGCGCGAGUCGGAGGUUGUUGAUGUCAUCAGCUACACAGCUGUAAUGAACGUCUGCGCUGAUGCUGGACAAUGCACACAGACGCUGAGGGUGCAUCGGUCUAUGCUGCAAGACGGACAUCCGCCAACUGCGGACACUUGCAAUGCUGCGAUCCGCUCCUGCGACGGACCCAGAUGGCGUGAGCAGCUUGAGCUUUUGCAGGAAAUGAGGCGUCGUGGAUUGCAGCCCAAUGCCACUGCCUUGAAUGCUGCUGUGUGCAGAUCCAGCGAGGCAGGUCAAUGGAGAUGUGCUCUUCAACUCAUGUCCUCCAUGUGGGAGAGAGGAUUUCAACCGGAUGCUGAAGCCUUUCGUGAAGUGAUCUCUGCUUGUGAACAGUGCGGAGAAUCUGAAGAGGCCCUGCGUCUCUUCCGGCUGCGGCAGAGCUAUUCCGCCGCUCCGGAGAACGAGACCUACGCCGCCGCCAUCCGGGCCUGUGGUGGCUCCAAGUGGAAUCAUGCUCUGGAGCUUCUGACGAAGAGAUGGGAGACGGGGGUUGCAGAUGCCCAGUGCUAUGACUCUGCCAUUGCAUGCUGCGAAGCUGCUGAGAGAUGGGAUGAGGUGUUGAGACUCUUCGAUGAGAUGCAGAGCUACAAGCUCAAGCCUGGCAAAGACACUCUCAUCGCAGUUGCCAGCGCUUCUGCGGCUACUGCCAGUUGGCAACGCUCCUUGGAACUCUUGGAGCACUGCAAGGACAGUGCUGAAGUGGUUGGCCGGGUGGCGAGCGCUUGCGCUGACGCUAAGCAGUGGCAGAGGGUGCUGGAUCUGUUGGAGGAGGUUCGUCCGCAGCAACGGCCCAACCUCCAGCUGUACCAAGCAGCUUUGAAGUCAUGUGGUGAUGCUGGGCGAUGGGAAGAUGCAUUACAGCUCCUGCAGGAGGUCCGACUGCGUGGUUUCCACCCAUCCGUGGACUUCUACAACUCGGCAAUGACAGCCUGUGCUGCUGCUCAGCGGUGGGGUGAUCUUCAUGGACUGUUUGAAGAGGUGCAAAAUGACAUCGCAGAUGCUGAGAGCUACAGAUUGGCCAUGGAGGCCUGCAAUGGUUUGCAGUGCCAAAACAAUGUGGUUGAGCUUCUGCGGAGUGCGGAAGAGCAAGGCAUUUCACUGACUCCUGUGAUGUUCAACAUGGCUCUGAAAGCAUGUGGCACGAAACAAAACUGGGCAGCAGCCUUGGAGAUCUUGGGAAACAUGCGCCAACGUGGAGAGAUGCCAGAUCGAGAAGCCUCGCAGUGCAUCACGGAUUUGCUGCUGAGCCGAGCCCGAGAGCAUUUGUUUGAUGAAAAAUGGCGCUACGGUAUGCAGUGCUACAGUGAAUUUGAGAAUCGCAAUAACUCCAUAUUUGUAGCUUCUGCAACACUUCGCAAAGAUUGUGCAAACUCAAUUGAUCCUGUUUAUGGGGCUGGAUUUUGA